AUGUCUGACCAACCCCAGAACGACGCCACAAUAGCCAAGCAGGAGCCCGUCCAGGACGCGGCGCUACCACCUGCCCCGUCGUCGACGAUGCCCGAAGACCCCGCUGCCUCCGCCGCCAGCGCCGCGCCGAAGCGGGCUCUCGAAGAGGAUGCAGCCGCACCUGCCGGCGAUGCGGGCACGGCCCCGGCCGAGGCCACGACGUCGUCAGCGGCUGGCGGCGCCGGCGGCGAGGCCAAGCGCGUCAAGAUCGAAGAGGCCCAGCAGCCCGACCGCAGGGACCGCAAGGGCCGCGGCGGGUCCCGAUCCGGCAACGACCGCAACACCGAGCGCCGGGACCGGAGGGGCACGCGCGAUGCCGGCGCCGAGGCGGGAGGCGAGGCGGCAGGGGACGAGGCGGCCAACGGCGCCGAGGUGCGCCUGCCUAAGCGCAAGGUGGCGGUCAAGUUUGGCUACUGCGGCAUCGGCUACUCGGGCCUCCAGAUCAACCCGGGCGUCAAGACGAUCGAGGGCGACGUGUUUGACGCCUUCUGCCAGGCCGGGGCGGUGAGCAAGGACAACGCCGUCAACCCCAACAAGGUGGGCCUGCAGCGCGCCGCGCGCACUGAUCGCGGCGUCCACGCGGCGGGCAACCUGCUCUCGCUCAAGCUCAUCCUCGAGCCGCCGGGCCUCGCGCAAGAGGGCAAGACGCUCGUCGAGCGCGUCAACGAGCUGCUGCCGCCCAUCAUCCGCGUGUGGGGCAUCACGCGCGUGCAGAAUGCCUUCAACGCGCGCACCAGCUGCGACUCGCGCAUGUACGAGUACCUGCUGCCCACCUACGUCUUCCUGCCGCCCAAGCCGGGAUCGGCCAUGUGGAAGAUGGUCGACGCCAUCAACCGCGAGGAAAAGGCCAAGACGGGCGCCGACGCCCCGGCGCUCAGCGACGUCCUCGACCACCCCUUUUGGCGAGAGCACGGCACCGCCGACGACUUCUCCACCGACAUCAAGGCCAAAAAGGCGUGGCGGAUGCCCGCGUCGCAGGUCGAGCACGUCCGCGCCCUCAUGGCCAAGUACUCGGGCUCGCACAACUUCCACAACUUCACCAUCGACAAGGAGUUCCGCGACCGGGCGGCGCAGCGCUUCAUGAAGGCCCUCCACGUGUCCGAGCCCAAGAUGGUCAACGGCACCGAGUGGAUCUCGAUCAAGUUCCACGGACAGAGCUUCAUGUACCACCAGAUCCGCAAGAUGAUUGGCCUCGUCGUCCUCGUCGGCCGCACCAAUGCGCCCGCCUCGCUCAUCCCCGAGACGUUUGGCCCGGCGCGCAUCCACAUCCCCAAGGCGCCCGGCCUCGGCCUGCUGCUCGAGGAGCCCCUGUUUGGCGGCUACAACCAGCGCGUCGAGCACAGCAACCGCAAGCUCGACAACCUCGUCUCGAGCAACGCCAAAAAGGGCGUCGCCGCCGCCAACAACCCCGAGGACGAGAAGCGCGACGCCGUCGAGUUUGACUCGCACAAGAGCGAGAUGGAGGCAUUCAAGCAGCAGUACAUCUACGACCGCAUCAUGCUCACCGAGGAGGAGACGAGCGAGUUCGGAAAGUGGCUCAACUACCUCGACGUCUUCCAGGGCCCCGACUUCGAGUACCUCAACCCAAAGGGCGUCAUCCCGCAGAGCGCCAUCCUCAAGGUCGGCGAGCUGCGCCGCGCACCCGGCGGACAGCUCAAGGGAUCCUUUGGCGGCGGCACCACCGCCGCGACGACGACGACGACGACGACAGACGCGGCGGCGGCAGGGGAGGAGGGCGCCGCAAUCGACGGCAGCGACGACGACGACGACGACGAACGCGCCUUUCUCAACAGCAAGGACCGGGCAGAGUACGAAGGUUGA